AUUACAAGUGGACCUUCGCGCAAUUCCAGAGGCUCGCUGAUUCGGCCGGCCAGCUCCGACAACAUGCUAUUCAACCCGACCACGUUAACAGAAUGCCUUCAGGAGUGGGGGGAACUCGAAAAAGACUAUCAGCAGAUCCAGGAGACCCACCGACUGUACAGGCAGAAGCUGGAGGAGGUCUCCAAGCUGCAGGACAGCUGCUCCGCCUCCAUUGCCCGACAGAGGAAGAAACUGAAGGAGCUGUCUGUGUCGCUAGAAGGAUGCAGACAGACUGCAAAUCCAGAGGAGGUGGGCACCAUAGAUGGGAUCGUGGGCUUUAUGAAGGAAAGGUCAAACUUCUUUUUCGAGAUGGAGGCCUUCCUUCCAAAGAAGAAUGGGUUGUACCUCAGCCUUGUUCUGGGGAAUGUGAAUGUUACGCUUCUCAACAAGCACUCCAAGUUCGCCUACAAAGACGAGUAUGAGAAGUUCAAGCUGUGUCUCACCGUUCUGCUCCUGCUCUCCGCCUUCACGUGUCGCUUCAUGAUCAGCUACAGGGCAGUGGAUGCACUGUUUAACUUCAUGCUGGUGUGGUAUUACUGCACACUGACCAUCCGGGAGAGCAUCCUCAUCAGCAAUGGCUCCAGGAUAAAGGGCUGGUGGGUGUUCCAUCACUAUGUCUCCACAUUCCUGUCUGGGGUCAUGCUGACCUGGCCUGAAGGCAAACUCUACCAGAUGUUUAGAAACCAAUUCCUCAAUUACUCCUUGUACCAAAGCUUUGUGCAGUUUCUGCAGUACUAUUACCAGAGUGGCUGUCUGUACAGACUGCGAGCGCUGGGGGAGAGACACAACAUGGACCUGACUGUGGAGGGCUUUCAGUCCUGGAUGUGGAGAGGGCUGACCUUUCUACUGCCCUUCCUCUUCUUUGGCCAUUUCUGGCAGCUGUAUAAUGGAUUGACCCUCUUCAGGAUGUCCCAGCUUCCUGAAUGCAAGGAGUGGCAGGUGCUCAUGUGCGGCUCCUCGUUCCUAGUUUUAUUCAUGGGUAACUUCUUCACCACACUGGGCGUGGUCUACCAAAAGUACAAGAACAACCAGGGGAAAGCUAAGAGCCUGUGAGAUGGGACGUGUGUUCAGUGCACAGGCAGAGCAUGUCCCAUCCAGAUCGCCGUGGCUUUUGUUCGUUUGUUUGUU